CUCUUACUUUCGAGACGAGCGUUGCCCUCGAACACUAGAGAGACACUGGUCGCUACAAUAAUGAAUUCUCUGUUGAAAUACUUAUUGAUACUUGUGGGACUUAUCUCAGUGAUCAUCAACAUUGUGUUGAUAUGCUUAAAUUCGAAUAGGCUUCCAAAAUGUACUAUGUCCCGGCCGCAAGAAUCUCUACAAGUCAAACAUUCAAAUAAAAGUCUGGUUUUUGCGGACCUGACAGCAGAGGAGUACAAGUCUGUUCGCGACUACAUGUGGGCUCAAAAAGAUUUAAAGAUCUCCCGUUCGUUCAUAGCAAAGCCCUCUGAAAGUUUUAUCUUUUUAAUUGACCUCUCGCUCCCAAGGAAGGCUGAUGUGCUGCGCUACUUGGAUGCCAACGGACAGAAGCCCGCACGCGAAGCGAUCGUCGUGGUGUUCAAUGGCGAAAGAGGUUACCUAAAGGAAUAUGUGGUGGGACCGUUACCUGGUCCACUGCAGCAUCGAGAUGUUACUCAGAAGAAAUACAAUACGCCGACGUUGCCCUUCACAGCCCGACCAGUGACAAUUGGGGAGUAUGUGAAGCUCUUCAACCUGCUUAAUCAAGUUUUCCAAAAACUUGAAAAACCUUUAAGGGAAAGUUUUGGUUAUAUCCCCAAAAAACGUGAACUGCUCCCGUUUGAGUGUAUGCCGAGGGGCAUUAAAAGUGGUGACCGUAGGACCUGGAUCUCUUUUUUCCGCGAUUUCAAUGGCAUGUACAUCCAUCCUGUGGGCUUCGAGAUGCUGAUCAAUCACGAAAGCAGCAACACGUCACACUGGACGAUUGACAAGUUGAUGUACAACGGCCAAUAUUUCGAAAGCAUUGACAAAUUUAUUGUAGAUUACGAAGCGGGUAGUAUAAAAAAGAUAGUCAACAAAAAUAUCCCAAACUACGCCUCGCUGAAGCCAAGGGAAAAACCUUCUGGUUUAGGACCACAACAGUAUUAUCUUCAAGGUAAACGUUACAGCGUUAAAAACAACCAGGUGAUUUAUCUGGACUGGAGCUUUGCGUUUGGUUUGAGCUCUCUGACUGGGAUGAGGGUGUUUGAUAUUCGUUUUAAAGGAGACAGGAUUGCGUACGAACUCAGCGUGCAGGAGGCGAUGUCUGUCUACGGUUCUGUAACGCCUGGGAUGAUGCUCACGAAGUUCCUCGACUCAAGUAUUGGAAUCGGUCGCUUCGCUCACGAGCUCGUGCGUGGGAUCGACUGUCCGUACGCUGCCACCUAUGUAGACACGUACCGCUAUAUUGACACAAACGUCACGCAGCGUUUCAGAAACUCCAUCUGUGUUUUUGAGCAUGACAUUGGGCGACCUCUGCGACGACACUUCUCAGAUUUCUUUCAUAAUGGUUACGGUGGGAUGGCAAACAGCGCUCUGGUGAUCCGCACAAUUACUGCUAUUGGGAACUACGACUACAUAUGGGACUUCAUUUUCUAUCAAAGCGGCUCCGUGGAGGCGAGAGUUCACGCCACGGGCUAUAUAUCAUCCUCCUAUAAGGUUGAUGGAAAUCUGAAGUACGGGCACCAGGUUGCAGAGAAUGUCCUUGGAAAUAUCCAUACACAUUUUAUUAACUUUAAAGUCGACCUGGAUAUCUUAGGUGUGAAGAAUAUAUUUCAGACUAAAGACAUGAUAUAUGAGGAGGUGCCAUUGCCAUGGAUGCCCUCAGAGAAAGCAAAGAUACCACAACUGGUGGAGCAGCAAAUCAGGACAGAGAAAGAAGCGGCGAUGCUUCAUAACGCCAAAACACCCCGUUACCUUCAUAUUGCCAGUAAUCAGACCAAUCGCUGGGGCCAUCAGCGCUCUUACAGGCUUCAGGUGGUGAGCUUUGCUGGAGAUCACCUCCCUGAAAGUGAGUCUGUAGAGAGGUCCAUGUCCUGGGCACGGUAUAAAGUUGCUAUAACCAAGCAUAAAGAUGAAGAGCAGACUAGUAGCAGUCUCUACAAUCAGAAUUACAUGUGGUCCCCAUUUGUUGACUUCAGCAAAUAUAUUGAAGAUAACGAGGUGAUCGACAAUGAGGAUUUGGUAGCCUGGGUGACCGCUGGUUUCCUGCACAUUCCGCAUGCCGAAGACAUCCCUAACACAGUUACAGUGGGCAAUGGUGGUGGCGUCAUCCUUAGACCGCACAACUAUUUUGAUGAAGAUCCAUCCAUCAACUCACCUGAUGGAGUGUAUUUUGGACAGGGCUCGGAGAGUGACUGUGAGUACAACAAAAUGGCGUGUCUGGAAAAGGAUCAAUGCAGUUCCACACUGGAGCCGUUCACUUACCACGGCUUUGAAGGUGUUAUGAAGUUUGAGUAAGGAUCUUAAUCCAGAUAUGUAUGCUGUUACAGUCUUGCUAAAACAUUUGCAGUAGUAUAUUCUUCAUACUCACUUUACACUAGCAAGUUGUUUUGUCAAGUUGUUCACUGCUUUUGUUGCUGUUUUUGUAAAUAUUAUGGAUGUUCUCUCCAUUUGUCUUUGUCAAAAUUAUUGUUGUCAUAAGUGAUGACCAUUUCUGGUGUUUUCUUAGUUGAUGCUUGUUUUAAUUAGACUAGUAAAUUAGCAUAUCCUUUCUAUUUCCUAUAUCCUAUCUAUUUUUUGCAUUUUAAAGUUCAUGUGAAGGGUCAUUUUCUAACAGUGUAAACUAUUUCUAAAAAUAGAAAAAGAGAUUUAUAAAAAAGAGAGAUUUAUAUUAGAUAGACUGAUAAAACGCCUCACUAAGCUCACUUUUUUAUUAUAAAAAUGUUCAUCCAUGCAAUAAAAUGUAAAGGGUGACUAUA